AUUAAUCAGAUUGCAUUUCCUUUGACACUAAUCCACAUUUCGUUUGGUUGCUCCUUAAUUAUUAAAAUAAUUAAAGUUUCCUAGAAAAAUGGCAUAUCAAAGUUUUCGACCGUCUGCCCCCAUCAUUUACGACGUUGGUAUCAUCGGGGCCGGCGUGAUGGGUUCCGCCACGGCGUAUUUUCUCGCCAAAAAUAAUCCCGACUUGAAAAUCCUACUUCUCGAACAGUUUGACCUUUUGCAUCGAAAAGGGUCAUCUCACGGGGACUCGAGAAUUACCAGGAUGACUUAUCCGCAAGAGAAUUACACCCAGCUCAUGAUAACGAGGGCUUAUCCGCUCUGGGAUGAGGUCGAGAAGGAGGCAAAGACCAGGAUUUUCACAAAGACGGGCGGAUUGGAUUUUAGUCGUGAAAAUAAUGUGGAAAUGAGACGGUUGAUAAGCGUGGCACGAAAGUAUGGCGUUGGAAUCGAAGUUCUCAGCCCGUCUGAUGUGAGGCAUCGUUUUCCCUUGAUUACCAUUCCUGACGGUUGGAUUGCGGUGUACAGUCCGAGUUCUGGCAUCUUAAAUGCGAACAAAGCAGUGUCCGUGUUCCAAUCGCUGUCCGCCAAGAGAGGCGUUACUCUUCGGGACAAUGUUAAAGUCGUGAAAGUCAAAUGGGACCAGUUUUGCUAUGAAGUGGCGACAGAGAAGGGGGAGAUUUUUAUGGCAAGGAAGAUAAUCUUCACGGCGGGGCCAUGGACUCGGAAAUUGCUCCAGAAACAAUUCGGACCUAGGAACGAUCUCCCUUUACAAGUCCAACAGACAACGAUCGCUUAUUGGAAAGUGGACCCUGCACUAAUUUCUGCUUAUCACUCGUCUUCCUUCCCAGUUUUCAUUAAUUAUGAAGACCCAUUCCUUUACGGUACACCCGCCCACGAGUUCCCCGGUCUGAUAAAAUGCGCUCUCCACAAUGGGAAAGAGGUCGACCCUGACACGCGAGACUUUGAACCCGAUGUGACCGGUUUGACGGAAGGUGUGGCCCCAUUCCUGCAAAAUUUCUUCACUCGCGUGGACCCAGUUCCUGUGAGGACGGAGAGUUGUAUGUACACCGUGUCACCAGAUCAGGAUUUUGUCAUUGAUGAGCUCCCAGGUCACGAUGGUCGUCUCUUUAUCGGGUGUGGAUUCAGCGGUCAUGGUUUUAAACUGGCUCCCGUCGUGGGGUCACUUCUGGCAGAAAUGGUGACGAAAGGGGUGGGAAAAUUGUCCCCAUCUUCCACCCGAGCCGCAAAACAUUUCACCAUCCAAAGGCUCAAAAAGUCGUCCAACCUUUAAUUAAUUUAUCAAAAUUGUGACAAUAAUAUUUAAAACUAAUAAUAAAGAAUUAAUAACAAUAUGUUUUA